AUGUCUUCGCCAAACAACAUUCCUAGUGAAUCACAGAAUAUUGCUCAGCCAACACCGCUUCGGAAGCUCUCGAUAUCCAUCAAUCAGAACUCAACGUCGACACCCCCACCAAAAGAGGACAAUAACAACACCGUUAACAGUGCUAAGGAUAACACUACCACUAAUACCACUAAUAAUAUGAUCUCUGCUCAACCCUCCUACAAUAAAUACUUAUUUGAAAAUUUAUCGUUGGUAUCUCCAGCCGUCACCCCAAGCCCAAGCACUCCAAAAUCGAUCCCGGUGAUCCCAACUAAUGAAUUCCUCAAUAAUAACGAAAGAAACUCUUUGCCAGAUGAAUUACCACAAGUGGUUUGUGUUGCCAGAGCCAGAAUCCCUACCACUAAUGGCCAAGAAAUCUUUUUACAUUUAUACUCCAACAACAUUGACAAUAAAGAACAUUUAGCUAUUGUGUUUGGUGAAAAUGUUAGAUCGAAGACAUUGUUCAAAAAAUACCCCCACGAAACCCAAAGCGAUCGAAUGACCAGGGGCGCAUACAUUGGGAAGUUGUACCCGGGAAGAAACACUGCUGAUAAAGACCCAAAGACCGGGGAAGAAUUACAUUUUGAUAUCAAUGGUGAGUUGAUCUAUGAUAAUCAGCAUUCCGUAUGCCCAGAAUCGGAAGAAUCGACUCUCGUUAGAAUACACUCCGAGUGUUACACCGGGGAAACUGCAUGGAGUGCGCGUUGUGAUUGUGGUGAACAGUUUGAUGAGGCCGGUCGGUUAAUGGGGAAAGCUGGUAGAGGCUGCAUUGUUUAUUUACGUCAAGAAGGCAGAGGUAUUGGAUUGGGAGAGAAAUUGAAAGCCUACAAUCUACAGGAUUUGGGGGCAGAUACCGUCCAAGCAAACUUGUUAUUGAGACAUCCAGCCGAUGCCAGAUCUUUUAGUUUGGCUACUGCGAUCUUGGCAGAUUUGAAUUUGACCAAUAUCAAACUAUUGACCAACAACCCUGAUAAAAUCAUUGCGGUAGAAGGUAAGAACCGGUUGAUCAAGGUCACUGAAAGAGUUCCAAUGGUACCAUUGGCGUGGAACGGCCCACAUGCACACGGAAUCAAGUCUAAGGAAAUUGAUGGAUACUUGCGAACAAAGAUUGAGAAAAUGGGACAUUUGUUGCAAAAACCAAUCAAUAUUUCAAAUCACAGUUGA